AUGCUUGGUUUGUUGCUCAUUCUUUUAUAUGGAAAAGUAAAACGGAGGAGCGGUUUACACUUUAAACCAUAUUCUUCACAGGACGGAUCGCUUUUGCUCACUUCAUCUGCAUUUGUAUGUCCGCUGUCUUCGCUGUGGCGCAUUGGUGAAACGCAGGAACAUAUGAUAAAUUUUCCGGACGAAUAUCAUGUUGAAUUUUGUAAAAUGGGUCAAGAUCGUAUCAUUGGAACUCAGGGAAGUACGGCAACGAUUUAUGACACUGAAACCGGUCGAGCUGUGGUGCGCCUCUUUGAUGAAGAUUUGGCGAACAACUACGCUCGAAACAGGUUCGAUUAUUGCGCUUUCAUCGAUUAA